AUGCACGAGGCCGAACAAUAUGAGUUGAUGAGCGACUUGGACUGUAUUCCCCGACUGAAAGGUCUGGCGGAAGUGUGGAACAUGCUUUUACUUCUGAUCAUGGAGUCUGCCGGCUGCUCUCUUGAAGAGGCAAUACUGGAAGAGCAACAACGAGCAUCGAGAAAGCUCCCGUCCUUGUGGGGUGGUGUAGGUGUCCGACAUGGAGCAAUGAAAGCCCUCAAGACCAUGCACGCCAAGGGAUUGGUCCAUGGCGACAUGAAGCUGGAUAACAUUAUGUUUGAUAUCGGUACCGGCCAGGUCAAGUUGAUUGACUUUGGCCUGACUAAGCUAGAGGGAAGAGCCAAGCAGAGGAGAGAGGUAGAGUGUCUGAACGAACUGUUGCUGGAAGCUGAGAAACGUGCCGCCAAACAGGUGGCUGAGUAUAAAGGGGCAACCUUUGUUUGGGGUACCUCGAAACUUCACGUACACUAG